UAAUCUUAUAACUCUUAUAACCAUAAAUUUAUUUUAUGAAGAAAUUUGCAACAAACAUGCAUCUAUCGAUAAGAGAUUCAUAUUAUAAACGAAGAUGUCUAUGAAAGCCGUGAUUAACCAUUAUAACAAAAAAAAAAUGAUCUCCAUGAAGGCCUGAGGGUUUUUUUCUUUCUUUCUUUCUUUUGGGUGUUGAAGAGGCAGGCACGAGGAGGUCAGCAUCGGCAAGAGAGCUGAGAUUUGAGGCAUUAAGCCUCACUUGUAAUAAACCCAAAACGCCUCAAAGUAGUAAGGCUUCUAGUGCAACAAUUCCAGAGAUUGUUAGGCGGCAUGGCGGAUCCGAUAUUCCGCAGCUAAAUUACUCAGAUUUUGUUCAAACAUACACCGAACCCCCAUCGAAUCUUGAGAUCAUCGUUAGCGAGCAGAUAGACUCUGAUCGUUCACCCCCGGGAACAUCAAGCAAAUCCAAGAAGGUUGAGAUUAUAGCAGAGGUGGAACGUUUGAAGAAGGAGCUACAAAGUACAGUCACUAAGUAUAAACAAGCUUGUGAAGAGCUUUUCUCCACACAAAACAAGGUUCAAAUGCUUUCGACUGAAUGUUCGAACGAAGCUAAAAGAGUGAACAAUGCCGUGGAGAAAGAAGAGUUGGAGAGGAAAACCGCGGCGCUGGAGAAAGAGCGGUACAUGAAGGCGGUGAAAGAGGUAGAAACCGCAAAAGCAUUGCUCGCAAGAGAGUUUUGUCAGCGACAAAUAGCGGAAGUGAAUGCUUUAAGGACUUACUUGGAGAAGAAGAAAGUGAUCGAUCAGCUUUUAGGAACUGAUCACCGGUAUAGAAAAUACACAAUCGAGGAUAUUGUAACAGCCACAGAAGGAUUCUCGCCAGAGAAAGUGAUUGGAGAAGGAGGAUACGGAAAAGUUUACCAAUGUAGCCUUGAUAGUACUCCGGCGGCUGUUAAGGUCGUCCGGCUAGAUACGCCGGAGAAAAAACAAGAGUUCUUGCAAGAGGUGGAGGUUCUAAGCCAACUCCGACACCCACACGUGGUUCUUCUCCUCGGAGCUUGUCCGGAGAAUGGUUGUUUGGUUUACGAGUACUUGGAAAAUGGAAGCCUCGAGGAAUAUAUAUUUCACCGGAAAAAUAAACCGCCUUUGCCUUGGUUUAUCCGGUUUAGGGUAAUUUUCGAGGUGGCUUGCGGUUUAGCCUUCUUACACAGCUCUAAACCGGAACCAAUUGUUCACCGUGAUCUCAAACCGGGAAACAUCUUGUUAAACCGGAACUACGUGAGCAAAAUUGCUGACGUUGGAUUAGCCAAGCUGGUUACGGAUGUUGCACCGGAUAAUGUCACAAUGUACAAAAACUCGGUUCUUGCCGGUACAUUGCAUUAUAUUGAUCCGGAAUACCAUCGAACCGGAACAAUUAGACCAAAAUCGGAUCUUUACGCGUUCGGCAUAAUUAUUCUUCAGCUGGUGACGGCUCGUCAACCGAGCGGACUUGUACCAGCGGUCGAAAAUGCGGUAAAGAAAGGGACGUUAACCGAAAUGCUAGAUAAAUCGGUUACCGAUUGGCCUUUGGCAGAAACCGAAGAAUUGGCUCGGAUCGGUUUAAAAUGUGCAGAAUUUCGAUGCCGGGAUAGACCGGAUCUUAAAUCAGAGGUUAUACCGGUUUUGAAACGGCUUGUGGAGACGGCAAAUUCGAAAAUAAAGAAAGAAGGAAGCAAUUUACGUGCACCAAGUCAUUACUUCUGUCCAAUAUUACGGGAGAUAAUGGAGGAGCCAGAGAUUGCUGCUGAUGGAUUCACGUACGAGAGGAAAGCGAUCUUAGCGUGGCUUGAGAAACACAACAUUUCACCAGUGACUCGACAAAAGCUCGACCAUUUCAAGCUCACACCGAACCAUACACUCCGGUCUGCGAUUCGCGAUUGGAAAUCAAGAGUCCGGUUUUCUAAUGAUAUAGUUAAUAUAACUGGCUAAUAUUUCUCACUAGAGAUUUUUUGUAAAUUUUUUUAUUUGAAGUUGCAUUAUAUUUAGUUAUAUAUGCAUGUUAAUUUAUGGUUUGUAAAUUGUGAUAGACCAAAAAAAGAGUUUUGUGGGUUGGAUUAUGUUUGUAAACCCAUAAAAAUGAAAAUUUUA